GCAAGAGAGAGAGAGAGAAGAACCACGGCCGUCUCCUCCUUUUUCCUUUGACAUUGAUCUGAUGAAACACAGGCAGUGUUUCCAGCCUAUGGUUCAUAAUUAGCUGCAGCCCUCUGGCAAAGACGACAGACUUACAGUAACAUCUCCAGCCUGAAAAUGAGUUGUACAAGAGUCCUCCAUGCCUUUGGGAGUCACCGCCAGCAGGCCGUGAAGCCCGUCGACCUCGCCGUGUGCCUGAGCCUCAGUCGGCAUCAACCUCUCUACCAGCAGCUGUCCAAGUCCCCUCUGAAGCUCGCACCGCAUCGUCAUCAGCCGACCGGCCUUCACCCUCCGCACUCCUCCUCCUCUUCCCCCAUCUAUUCGUCCUCAUCGCUGUCCUCCCCCGUGCCCCCAGAGCCCCGGAGCUGCUUCCGCAGGGAUGCCGGCGGCGGUCCGAGCAAGAAGCGCGUGGUCUUCGCCGACGCUAGGGGAUUGGCUCUCACUGCCGUGCGGCUGUUUAUCCCCGAGCACACCGCUUCUACGCUCACCACGAGACCCUCCCUCGCCAAACUGCAAAGCCACCAGUCGACCUCAGACAAACUGCAGCGCCACAGGGUGUGGUUCACCCCGCCGACACUCGCCUCUCAAGCCUCUCAAGCCUCCCUCUCACGCCAGCGAGACGUGUGCGUGCAGUUGGAGAGCUGCAAGUUUUCGGAGCACUCCUUGAGUGGCAAAGUGCGCGUCAACCAUGUCAGCGUCGACAACGCCGUGUAUUUGAGGGUGACCUUCGACUCCUGGCGGAGCCACCAUGACAUUCCCUGCAUGUUCCUGGAGCAGCAGCAGCGCUUUGGGGGUUCUGAUGGGGACCUUUUUGCCUUUGACUUAAGCUUGCCAAAGAACAUAGAUCCAACGGAGCAUGUGGAGUUCUACGUGGCCUUCAGGCCUGGAAACAGCGCGACUCCACUCUGGGACGACAACAGGGGGCAGAAUUACAGGGUGUGCGUGGAAACGGGUGGAUCAAAUGGUCAACAAGGCAACGCCUACUGUUGUCACCCCACACUGUCACAACAUCGGCCACCAUUGUGGCUUUUGCACGUGUCCCCCAGCAUGCAGAACUCUGCCGAUCUGCAGCACUUAUAGAGGAGUUUAUCAAACAGAGUCAGAACAGACUGGAAAACUUUGUGUUCACCCAAGUGAAAUUAAACCCUCUGAACAGAACUUUGAGAACAAUAAUGUGACUAUGUUCAUUAAUACAUAUUUAAGAAAGAGUAAGGGCUUUUAGGGAUGUGUGGGCAUGCUGAAGUGUUGGAUGGUCUGAAGCUCUAUCCUGCCGAAAUGUGACCAAUACAUGUGGAAUGUUGUGAUUAAAUCCAUUUUUUUAA